AUGCAAGUUGAUCAACUUACGAGGCUACGAGCAGCAGGAAAGUUGGAGGAAAUGGCAGCAGUUGCUCAUGAACUGGAUCUCUACACAACCGCAGGUUAUUCGGUACAUUACCAAAGUUCUAGGAACUUCUCGAUCCUUGAUCUCCAAACUCUUAUAUAUCUGGCUUUGGCUCAAGUUCUUCGGGAAUAUCCUACGCUAUUUGCAGUGCCUAUCGUUGCGAAGGGGGAAGAGUCGUACUAUGCUCGCCUACCGUCAAUUGAUCUGAGAGAGGUCACUUCAUUUGUCUACCGGCAAGACCAUAUCCCCGAAGAGGGCAAAGGAAGAGAUUUUGAACUUGAUGCCCUUUUACAACAGCAAGUCAACACAAAUUUCAAAUCAGAACGUGGCAUUACGCCGGUUUGGAGAUUGAUCAUCCUCCAUGAUUUUUCAGAAAAGCAGCAUUUCACGGCUAACUUCAUGGCUCAUCAUGCAAUAGCUGAUGGAGCAUCAUUCCAAAUCCUACACCGAUCUUUCCAUAAAGCUUUACAUGAUCUUUCUGCACUAUGUGCCACCGGUUCACUGGACUUGAACGUCGAAUACAUCAGUUUUUCAAAAGAUGAUGAUGGAAUAGGUCCAUCCCUUGAGGCAAUACAUUCUCUACCGAUCCCUAACGAACCCCCAACGACUAAUGUCACAUUUCAUAAUGAUUGGCUUGGCAAUCGCCCUGAAAUACCCAGUAAUACUGGAUACGCCACGCUCUGUCUCCCGUCAGCUGUGGUGUUCACACAAGAAUGCAAGAAGAAUAAAGUGGCCACACCUGCUGGGCUCAAUGCUCUCAUCGGAAAAGUGCUAUACACCAACCUCCCGGCCACGACGGAGUCGAUGGAUGUCAAUAUCCCGGUCGAUCUACGGCCUGAUUUACCCCCAAAAGUCGUCGACGGCGUGAUGGGAAACUUCUUCGAUGCCUUCCGAACCAGAACUUUUCGCUCGGAUUUCUUCGGGCAAGACACUACUGAGACUUUCGAGAUCUGGAAUGCCGCUCGGAAGGUUCAAACAGACACGAGAAAAUAUUUCUCAAGAACUUCACCCUCUGGGGAAGCAUAUCUCAACAUCGCCGGGUUAAAGAAUAUCCCAGACCUUCAAGUAUUCUUGGAGUCAUUGAUUGGUGGACCCCGCACUGAAUCUAUAGAACUGGCGUACAUUGGACCUCACUUGCCUUUCUCGGCUGUGAAACCCGGGACCGAGCUAACCUGGCGAGCUGGAAAAGCAACGGUUAGUAGGUGUGCAUUUGCUCUUGGGGGAUGUCUGCAGAUAACAGUUGUCCUCCAUAAUGAGGGCUUGACGAUUGGCUUUGCUUGGCCGACGUGCGCCAUUGAGAAAGCGUUGGUGGAGAAGACCAUUGAUGGGAUCAGAGAAUAUUUUAAUGCCAUUGAAGGAAGCGCGAAAUAG